AAAAUACAAUAUAAUUAUUAAUAUAACCUAUAUAAGACUUAAUCAGUUUUAAUUUAAUGAAAUAGUAAAUAUUGGAAAAUCAUGAUUACCAAAGUUAUGAUCCAAAACAACCACCUAUUUCUAAAAUUUCUCGUAUAUUUACAUCGAAAAUACAGUUCAAAUGUAUAUAAAUUUGUACCUAAACACCCCCCAUUAGAAAAAUGUGAUAUUAAACGUUUGGAAGACUUUAUUGUAAAUUCUAGCAAGUUGCUUGUAUUAACAGGAGCUGGGAUUUCAACAGAAUCUGUAGGAAUUCCGGAUUACAGAUCAGAAGAAGUGGGAUUAUAUGCCAGAUCAAAUCACAAGCCUAUGACUUAUCAGGAAUUUUUGACUUCUGCCUAUGGUCGAAAACGUUAUUGGGCAAGAAGCUACAUAGGAUGGGAUAGAUUUUCUUAUUGUCAACCAAAUGCUACACAUAUUUCACUUCGUAAUCUAGAACUUGACCAUUAUAAAAUUGAUGUUAUAAUAACACAAAAUGUUGAUAGGCUUCACACCAAAGCUGGCAGCAUUAAUGUUGUAGAACUUCAUGGGACGCUUUAUGAAGUAAUAUGUUUAAGUUGCCAUAAAAAAUACUGCAGAUUUAAAAUUCAAGAGCAAAUGAAAAAAUUAAACCCUAACAUCAGAGAAUUUGCAACUAUGGUCAGACCUGAUGGAGAUGUUGAUAUCUCAGAGGAUCAAAUAAAACAAUUUUUAGCACCACAGUGUGAAGAGUGCGGUGGCAUUUUAAAACCAGAUGUGGUUUACUUUGGUGAUAAUGUUCCUAGAGAAAGAGUUAUGAAAGUAACACAAGCUGUAACAAACUCCGAUUCUUUGUUAGUACUGGGCUCUAGUUUAUCAGUAUAUUCGUCAUACAGAAUAGUUCUGCAGGCUGCAGAAGAAAAGAAAAACAUUGCUAUAGUUAAUAUUGGUCCAACCAGAGCAGAUCAUUGUGCUCAUCUAAGAAUAUCAGCAAAAUGUGGCGAAAUAUUACCCAAAAUAUGUUAAUAGUACAAAUAUAGAGGUCAUUCGUUUUUAAUAUUAUAUAUUCUAUUUUAUUACUGUAUUCUAGUUAUAUAUUAUUGACUAA